AUGGCAGCUGGUACAGACCAUGGCGUACGUCCAUUCAUCGUGCCUCUGAACGAUGCGUCGGGUGCGAUGUGCCGUGGCGUUUCAUGUACCUUGUUUCCCGCUCGUCCAGGAGCCAAGGCCAUUGACCACUCCUCCACGAGCUUCUGCCACGUACCGCUGCCUGCUGAAGCCUUGCUCGGACACCUCCACGGCUCAGCCAAGGACGAGCGAAAAGACUUCCUGCGCGCCAUCCACCGCGUGACCGUCGGCACGCUUUGCCUCUCUACGAGCAAUGCCACCGUUCUGCGCGUGGCCGGCUGCAUUGCCGGUAGGUACAGCGCUGAACGGCGGGUCGGUGCGCCCGAGUCGGUCCCUAUCCUCUCCUUCAGCACCCAGUACGGCCCGAUCGCACGGAUCCUUGCGCAUGCUGUCGUCUUUGACAAUUAUGCCAUAGAGUCGAUGCAGUUGUUCAUGGCAAAGCCGGACAUGCAGAACGUAAUCGGCGGCGUCUUCAAGGCUACCGUCCUAAGUUACACGCAGAAGGCGCUGAGCGACCUCGUGGACCGAUGUGGCUGGCAAGGUCUUUACGCUCACAAUCAAAUCAGCGAACUAUGGCUCGCCGAAAAGGGCAACAGUAUUGCCGAAGGCGACUAUGUGGUCCUCUGCAUCCGACUCGCGAGUGAGGUCCUUCUCGGGCGGUAUGGACUGCCGAAACCGCGUGACCCGCAGUGUCUCCUGGCGCGCCACGAGUCUGGAGUCUGGGACGAGGCUCGGCAGAUAUGCACGUCUCUUCCGGGUGGUCACCGCGGUAAAGAGUUCAACGCUCGCAUCCUACCGCUGUCUCUGCCGUUGGUCCAAGCUACGGGCCAACGCAUGGCAUACGAGGCCGCAAAGGAUGCCAUGGUACACGGAACCGAUCGUGGUCUCGGUAUGACGCCGCAAGUGCUGGCCUUGUACGAGUCCACGUGUAUGAUGGAAGACCAGAGCUGGUACGUUGAGAACGGUAUAAUGUCGCGGCAGGCGCUGCUGAAUUGCAAUGUCGAUGCGAUGAAUUCCCUAUUGCCGUUAUUGGAAGGCAUGGUAAACGACCCGGCAGUUGACGCCUUUAUUAAUGCGCCCAUGGUCGACCAAGAUAGGCUGGCUGCCUUUUUCUCCAGCUUGCCAUCGUUUCAGGGGCCAGAAACUGAGUACAUUCGGGCCAAAUUAUAG